UGGGCCUCGUUUGAGAGGUGUGGGUGAACGUGGAAGAGGACAAAACCACAGACCUAGACAACGGCAGCAACAGCAAAGGGUUUCGAAUGAAAUCAGAGCAAUGGUUGUAGACUACGUCAUAAAUCAUGGCAUGACAAUGAAUGUAGCAGCUACAAUGUUUCAACCAAACCUCAGAAGAUCAUCUGUGUCCUCAAUCAUCAGAACUUUCCGCAAUGAAAACCGGUAAGUCUUCAGAAUCAACUACACUUUAAGCUAUUUGAAACUGUUGCAGUGAAUUAGGGCAUACAGUAGGCAGUGUGUGUAGCACAGAGUGUAAUGUGAAUUCUCUAAAUUUGUUCUUACUGUGACUUUCUCCCUGCAGAAUAGAGACUAGGCCAAAUAGGGGAGGCAGAAGCAAAAUUCUGACUGACCAACAAGAGCAGGCUGUGGUCAAUAUGGUUCGGGCCAGAAAUGAUAUUCGCCUUAGGGAAAUUCGGCAGCACAUCUUGGACAAUGAAGACGUAUUCAGAAAUGUGGAAGCCAUAAGUUUGCCGACUAUUGCACGGGUGCUGAAAAGACAUCAGGUGUCUUUAAAACAACUAUACCAUGUGCCUUUUGAAAGAAAUACAGAGAGAGUGAAGCAACUGAGGAAUGAGUAUGUUCAGAGGGUGAUGGAGCUGGAUGCUGAUGAAAACCAUCACAAAUUCUUAUUUUUGGAUGAGGCAGGCUUUAACCUAGCCAAGACAAGGAGGAGAGGUCGGAAUGUAAUUGGCCAGCGGGCAACCAUCACAGUACCUGGACAACGUGGAGCUAAUAUCACCAUGUGUGCAGCUAUAUCCGAAGAUGGAGUGGUUGGACGCAGACCUCGUAUUGGGUCAUAUAAUGCAGCUCUCCUCAUAGCCUUCCUUGAAGAGCUAAAUCAGGUCUGUAGAGCUGAUGGUGUGACCUAUGUAGUAGUUUGGGAUAAUGUUCAGUUUCAUCAUGCUGGAAUGGUCCAAGCAUGGUUUCAUCCACAAUUUCGCACCCUGUAUUUACCUCCAUACUCCCCCUUCCUUAAUCCAAUUGAGGAGUUUUUCUCCACAUGGAGGUGGAAGGUCUAUGAUAGGCACCCUCACGAACAAGCCACUCUUCUCCAGGCCAUGGAUGAUGCAUGCAAUGACAUCACAGCAGAUCAGUGUCAGGCCUGGAUUCGCCAUGCCAGAAGAUUCUUUCAAAGAUGUUUAGCGAAUGAAAACAUCCAUUGUGAUGUAGAUGAGAACCUGUGGCCAAAUCCACAAGACCGGGUUGAUGGAAACAUAGACGCAUAGUGCAGUGAGAACCACUUACUGUAAAUUUGCAGUAUACUGUAUUGUUGUUGUUUUCUUUUUUUAAUUCUAUGUAAUGUUGUGAUUUAUUUCAG